AUGACCAAGGGAAACGUACAACAGACCCUCUGGGUAUGGCCGAGAGGCCUCUACCCUGGGCAACUGGUUUACUAUCUGAAGGCAAAGUCUCUGCCCAUUACAGUUCUCCACAGCCCAGAAAAUCCGGAUGGCCCUCUCAAUAUUGUACCGAUCAAGAUUGAUACGGCGGCCGGGAAGCUUACCCUCGCUCUUCCCAACACCGAACCCCAGCCUCCAAACUCCCUCCUUCCGGUUAUGAGAAUCGUCGACGGAGACACAACUCGCAUCCUUCACCAGGCCACAGCCGUACUCCAAUACCUCGAGGAGUACUACCACCCCUCUCAGGGAUACAAUGAUCUCUCUGGCGGGAGCUGUCCCGAGUUACGGGCGCACGUACGUGCCAUCGUUCAGCUCGUUGCUGACGUGAUGAUAUGGGUUCAGAACGAUAUCUUCCACAAUCGGGAGUUAGCGGUGACGCUGGGUAGAAUCAACAAAGAGGAGCAGUCGGCGGCGGCUUCUGUAUAUUCCCGGAGGCAGUGGAAGGGGGAGAUGGCAAAACUGGAUCGCUGGGUUAGUGAGAACGCACAGGCGGAGUCUAUAAGUGUUUCUGGCCUGGUGGGUGCGCCGAAUUUAGCGGAUUUUGCCUUGUUGUCGGCUGUGGAACUUUUCAGGGAGUUCUUUAAUGAGGAUAUCCUUGAGGGCUAUGCAGCUUUGGAAGCAUGGUAUAAGAGGUACUCUGAGAGCUGCUGGUUUGUACGCCGCGAAGACUUCGACUCUUUGGGUGACUCUAGGUUUAAGGAUUUUUUUCAGGGUUGA